AUGUCUGAACCCAUCAGAAAUAAGAAGACGGAUUUUCCCGUUGCUCCGACACCACAAAACACGCCGGCAAAUAAUGCACCCAUCUCUUCCCACGCCCAACAGCCUGGCGUUUCUAGUAUCAAAGAAGAAUCUUUGGACCAUGCCACUGCAGCCUCUCUCUUUGCCAGGAAUCCCGCUCUUGUAUCCAUGAUUCAAGGAAAGUUGGGUUCACUCGUUGGGCGCUCGUCUGGCUAUAUCGAAUCUCUUCCCGUAUCGGUCCGCCGUCGUGUCGCUGGUCUGAAGGGUAUUCAGAAAGAACAUGCUAAAUUGGAAGCCCAAUUCCAGGAGGAGGUGCUGGAACUUGAAAAGAAGUACUUCGCCAAAUUCACUCCUCUUUACCAGAGACGUGCCACGAUCGUAAAUGGGGCCACGGAACCAACUGAUGGUGAAGUCGACGCGGGUAAUGAAGAAGAAGAGGAAGACGCAGAGGCCAAAGCAGGAGAAGAACAGUCAAAGAAGGAUGAGGAAAAGGAAUCUGCGACAUCUGGCAUACCAGAGUUCUGGCUUUCCUCAAUGAAAAAUCAAAUUUCGCUCGCAGAAAUGAUCACCGAGCGGGAUGAAGAAGCUCUGAAGCAUCUCACCGACAUCCGUAUGGAAUAUCUUGAUCGCCCUGGGUUCCGUCUCAUCUUUGAAUUCUCAGAAAAUGAGUUUUUUACCAACAAGACCAUCUCAAAGACUUAUUAUUAUAAAGAUGAGAAUGGAUAUGGCGGUGAUUUUAUUUACGAUCAUGCUGAGGGUGCCAAGAUUGACUGGAAGACCGAAAAAGACCUCACAGUCCGUGUCGAGAGCAAAAAGCAGAGGAACAAGAACACAAAGCAGACUCGCGUUGUCAAGAUUACUGUCCCAACAGAGUCUUUCUUCAAUUUCUUUUCUCCCCCCCAACCUCCGACGGACGAUGAUGACACCGUUGCUACCGAUAUCGAAGAGCGCCUCGAGCUUGACUAUCAGCUUGGAGAGGAUAUCAAGGAGAAACUCAUUCCCCGCGCGAUUGACUGGUUCACUGGCGAAGCUCUUCAAUUUGAGGAAUUGGGGGAUGACAUCGACCCAGAAGAAUUUGAUGACGAAGACGAUGAGGAGGAGGAUGACGAUGACGAUGAUGACGAUGAUCGGAAAUCAGACCAAGAUGAUGGUACCUCCAAGCCAAAGAAGGAGGCAGCAGAAUGCAAGCAAAGCUAA